AUGCGCCGUGCGGCAGAUGCCGGCGAUGCCUCCAGUUUGAAAGCGGCCCUCGACUGGUCUCUGGAGCAACUGGGUAGCAAACUGGAUGUCCUAAGCUACAAUGCCGGCCGGGCAUCAGAAUCAUUCGUUACCGGUCUACGCCUGAGACUCUCGAUCUCUGCCGUGGGCACCCUCGUUGCCGGUCAAUGGUUCCGUGAACAUGCCCGGCUUGACCGCGUCGCAAAGGGCGAACUGCCGUUGUUCCUGGUCACCGGCGAGGUUCUUGACAGGGAGCCCAACCCGGAAAUAGUCUCACUCAGUGCAGUCAAGGCUGCUUCACAAACCAUUACUCCAUAG